UGCCGGGCGCCGCCAGCGCGGCCUUUCUCCCACCGGAGGCCGCGGAGGCCGGGGCGGGCGCGGCCCGCUCGGCGCGUUGGGCCGCGGGGGGGCGGCCGCCAGCCCUCGACCCGCCUCCGCCCGGCCCCUCCGGCCCCACGCCGCCGCCGCGGCCCAGUCGCCAUGAGCGGGGCGCGGGGCGCGCUGGGCCCCUGGCUGCGGCCGCGGCCGGGCUGGCUGUGGGGGGCGGCGGCGCUGGCGGCGCUGGGCGCCUUGCUGGGGGCCUGGCGCUGGGCCGGCGGGCGGAGGCGGGCGCGCCGCCGCCUGCAGCGGGUGGGGACGGUGUUGAACCUCUUCGUGUACCCGGUGAAGUCGUGCCGGGGGAUGGCGGUGGCGCGGGCGCAGGUGACGCCGAUGGGGCUGCGCAGCGGGGAGCUGCGGGACAGGUUUUGGCUUGUGACGAAGGAAGAUGGGCACAUGGUCACCGCUCGCCAGGAGCCGCGGCUGGUCCUCGUUUCUGUCGGCUGUGAAGAUGGGCACUUGACCUUGGAGGCCCCCGAAAUGCAGAGGCUGUGCGUGCCCGUGAAGGUCCCCAGGAAGAAUCGCGUGCUGAACUGCAGGGUGUUUGGACUGGAUAUCCAAGGCAGGGACUGCGGAGAUGAAGUGGCUCAGUGGAUCACCACUUUCCUGAAUUCAGAGCCGUAUCGACUGGUGCACUUUGAGCCCUCCAUGGUGCCAAGAAAGUCAAAGGACAUAAUAAAACUUUUCCGAAACACAGAUGAGGUUGCCUAUCCUGACUGUAGCCCAGUCUUGAUCCUCUCAGAAGCUUCACUGGACGAUUUAAAUGCCAGGCUGGAGAAGAAGGUUAAGAUACAGAACUUCAGGCCAAAUAUUCUUGUGACAGAUUGCAGUGCUUUUGAGGAGGAUACCUGGGAGGACAUUCUCAUUGGUGAUGUGGAGAUGAAAGGGACGGUGUGUUGUGCCAGGUGUAUUUUAACAACUGUUAACCCAGACACUGGGGUCCUGGACAGGAAGGAGCCUCUGGAAACACUGAAAAGUUACCGCUUAUGUGAUCCAUCUGAGCAACACAUAUACAAAUCCAGCCCUCUCUUUGGGAGGUACUUUGCUGUUGACAGAACUGGAACGAUUCGAGUUGGCGACCCUGUGUACAAGAUGGUCCAGUAAUGAGAGAGACUUUGAUCGGAAGAUGCCUUUUCACUUUGAUAUGCAAAUUGUUUUCCCAUGAACAUAGUCACCAGCAUAACUUUUUCUUAUUCUUUGCAGUAUUUUUUGUGCUACGUUCCUAAGGUGCAGGGUGGUCUUUGAGGCUGGGAAGUGCCAGUCAUUUCAGAUCAUGUAAUCUACUAGCACGCAGGUAGCAACCAUGUCUUUAGUUUUUCUGGAGGCUGUGAUAGAGGAAACUGAUCCAAGACAGACUUCACAGCACUACUGUGGGUAUCAUGCCUCCUAAAAUUUUAUGUCAGGCUCAAUAUCAGAAUCCAAAAUCAUGUACAAGGGCAUGUAUUACAUACGUUCAGUGCCUAUGAAGAACCACAGAACCAGUCAUGCCAAGCAUUAAGUAAAUGCGUUGGUUACGGAACUGCCUUUACAAGUGAAUGUGGAGUGCAGGUGGCAAGUCUCUGUGUUAGAUUCCACCCUUCUUUGAUCCUAAUCAUCUUAACCCUAUCUAUGUAUGGAGGUACUUUUUUGCAAUGUUUCUUACCCUGCAAUUGUUUUCUGAAGAUUGCUACUGUCUUUCAAGCUUGGAGCAAAUCAGAAGGAGGAUUGCGAGCUGACUGAAUGCUGCUCUAGUCUAGAGGUGGAAACACUGGCUAAUGAUGUGUAAGGCUGUGGGUUUGUUUAGUUUAUGACCUCUGCUUGAUGGAGUUUGAACCGUUGAUCUUUUUUCUCCUGUGAAGCAUACUGUAACACCGAGGGUGUAGGGGAGUGAUGCAUUUGGUAACGUAUCAGUAGAACUUCCAGUUUGACUGAAAGAAUUAGGUGUUCGCUGUGUCAGACACUUCACGCACAUUGGAGGGGAAGAAAAGCUAUUGGGAUGGAUCUAAUUCUGAGCCUGCCCCACUGAAGCUGAUGCCCAGGCCAAUAUUGUGUGGCUCUGUGUUCAUGCAUAGUUCCUCUCUGGCUCAGUGCAUCUCUUGCUAUAGUAAGGCAGGCUGCUAAGCAGAUAGUUGGAAAGCUGCAGUUUUAGGCUGAGCGUGUGGACCUCCUUGCUGGUUAUGCAUUUAGAUCUCUGGUUGCCCCCUCCCCUGCCCCUAUUACAACUAAAAUGUCAGCCAUUUGUAGGAGGCUGAUAAUUAUAUUUUCUGCUAUAUUUUAUACUGCAUAAAACAGAGAGGGCAGGAAACUAGUUGGAUUAUGGCAGCAGUACUUUAAAUAUUAUAUGACUUUUUUUAAAAAAAUAAGUGAACUCCAAGACAAAAGCCAGCCAUCUUUCAAAUGCCUGUUGCUUUGUUGUGGAUUACUAGAUCUAGGAAGUGUGUUAACUAGACAAAAAGAGGAAUCUAAUUAAGUGUGAAGAGGGAUAAAUAAGACACAAUUUGGUGUCUAGAGUCUUUGUUUUCUGUUAUGAAUAUGAAACUGCAAUUCUGCGGCAUGUUCAGAACUCAGACCUAUAAAAUGAAAAGCUGUUAAGCCUUUGAGCAAAUUCAGACAGAGGUAUGAAGCAUGAAGAAGGCAUAUGAGGAAGGUAGUUUUAUUUGUGAGCUCAGUGUUGCUUCGAAUAUUCUUUUAUUAGCAGAGUGCUCUGUAAGUGUUAAGUUUUUCUGUGACAGAUAAGUGCCCAGUUCAGACUGCACGAUGCAUCUUUGUGUAUUGUUAUGCCUGAUGCAGAAACUAGUGGGAGGAAGUAAGAGAAAAAGUGUCUUCUGAAAAGGAAAUAAUCCUGAAGUUCAGUUUUGAAAAGCGUAUGUUAAAGAUCCUUAAUAUUAGAAGCUGAAACCUUGGGGAAUUCCUAAUGGCAUUAUUAAGUAAAGACAGCCUGCUUAAGUGUGAGUCUCUUCAUUAAGUCAAAGAAGCAGAAGGAAAAGAAAGAAGAAAAGAGCUGAAGUUUUGCCUCUAGCCAGAAAAUUUUUUUUCACUGUUGUUUUAGCACCACAUUAAAAUUUAUGUAACCUAAAUUGUGUGGAAUAGGCUAUUGUCAAUUGGGCUAAUUUGGAAACGGAACUGUCUUUCCAAUGAGAAACUGCAUCUGCGUGCCUGGUAAGAAAGUGCCAUGGAUCUAAAACUGAUUUAUCCCUGUAAAAGCACCUUAGAAGCUAGAAUCCUAAAUCAGGUAUGCCUCUAGUGUACACCACCUGCCACAAUGACACUUAAAUCAAUUAUGUGAUGAAAGAGGGCUGUUCUGGGAAGUGGAGAGCAUAACUUACAAACAUUACAGUAUAAAUGUAUUCGUAUAAAUGUUGAACUGCUGUAACUGUAGGAAUUGUAUUUGAUUUUCCUAAGCUGUUCAGGAAAUCGACUGAAAACAUGUCAAUCAUCAAACACUUUUUAAAAUUGUCUACUUAAAAAAUGUUAAUUGCUUUUUUAACUCUGGAGGGAGAAAACAAAAAGUAUCAACUUCUAUGAAUCCAAA